AUGGAAUCUCUUACUGCUUCCCAAAUUUUUGACUCCCGUGGCAAUCCAACAGUUCGCGUGGUAUUGCGUCUGAAAGAUCGACAGGGAGUUGCAGGGCAAUUCGAAGCUCAAGUUCCCUCAGGCGCAUCAAAAGGUUCUUAUGAAGCCCAUGAGUUACGUGACGGGGGGGAAAAGUAUGGUGGGCAAGGAGUUAGUAAGGCGGUUAAUUUUGUCAAUAAAAUUAUUGGUCCUGCUUUGAUGGAUAAAGUAAACAUUGGCGAGAUUCGGCUGAACGAGCAAAGUAAGAUCGAUGAUUUCUUAUGUCAGCUUGAUGGCACCGAGAAAAAGGAAAAGAUGGGUGCCAACGCACUUCUUGCUGUCAGCAUGGUAUGCACUCGGGCAGGCGCGGCUAUACAAGGGAAAGAGCUUUUUGAACAUUUAGCGCUACUCUCGGGAAUGCCGACUGAUAACUUCAUCUUACCCGUCCCGUUUAUGAAUCAAAUCAACGGAGGCGUUCAUUCCGGCAAUACAUUGGCUUUCCAAGAGUUUAUGAUUGCCCCGGUAGGAGCACAGACCUUUACUCAUGCUAUGCAAAUCUGUACCGAAAUUUACCAUACUCUCAAGUCUAUCAUCAUCGAACGAUCAGGAAAGGCCGCUACUGGUCUGGGAGACGAGGGUGGAUUUGCGCCUCCUCUGAAAUCCGCAGAUGAAGCUCUUCACUUGCUAGAAUUGGCAACAUUAAAAGCCGGCUAUAGUGUCUACCGAAACCAAAGCGGUCAGCAGCACGGAGAUGUAGCCUUUGGAAUCGACCCUGCAUCGUCCGAAUUCUUUGACAAAAAAAGGAAAUUAUAUGAUCUCGGUUUCAAGUUCGACCCACAUGAUAAGGCGAAGUCUGAUUUUUGUCUCUCUAGCUCAGAGCUUGGUGAGGUAUAUGAAUCAAUUUGCAAAAAAUAUAGUGUCAUCUUGUUAGAGGAUCCAUUUGCUGAAGACGAUUUUGAUUCAUGGAAGAAUUUUACGAGAGAGCAUUCCUGCGGUCUUGAAAUUGUUGGUGACGACCUUUUGGCCACAAACCCUAAGCGAAUUCGGAUUGGAAUCGAGCAAGCGCUUUGUAAUAGCCUUCUUUUGAAAAUCAAUCAGAUCGGAACGAUCACUGAAGCUAUCGAAAGUGCGCAGCUCGCACGGAACAAUGGAUGGAGGGUAUUUGUUAGUCACCGAAGCGGCGAAACGGUUGAUGAUUUUAUUGCCGAUUUGGCAGUCGGGCUAAGGACGGGUCAUUUGAAAUGUGGAGCGCCGGCGCGUGGAGAGAGAUUGGCAAAAUACAACCGGCUCCUUGCCAUCGAAUCUAUUUUGCAAUCGCGUCAAGAGAAGAUCAAGUACAGCUAUGCCGGAUAUAAUACCCAAGCGGCUGAAAAAAAAUAG